GCUGUGCAGUUUGAAGAGAAUACGGAUGCGGAAUUCUGUCAGUUUUAAUGUUUGAUCGCUCUCCGGUCAGUUUUACUAGACGAUACAGCGUUGCUGGAAACGCUCCUGGAUUAUGGCGGUUUUCUGGUCCCAUGCUGGAUGAAAUAACAAGCCUCAACCAUCUAGACCCAACAAUCAGUGUCUCCUUGUCAGUCCGUGAUGCCUGAUGAGAUGUCGAGGCCUUUAGUCCGGGGAAGGGGCGGAGGGGGAGGCUCCAGGCAUCUUGAAGCCUCCGUGGCUGAACCCGGCGCCCCAGUGAUUGGCAUCCUGGGGACGGGCGACUUCUCCCGCUCACUGGCCAGAAGGCUGGUGGCCUCCGGCUACCAAGUGGUGGUGGGGAGCCGAGCCCCCAAACGCUCUGUGGCUCUGUUCCCUGAGGAAGCUGAGGUGACCUCCCAGAUGGAGGCAGCCAGUCAGGCAGACCUGGUCUUUGUUGCUGUGUUCCCUGAGCACCACUCCACGCUGGUGGAAUUAAAGCCGGCACUAGCCGGGAAGACACUGGUGGAUGUCAGCAAUGGCUUGCAGAUCAACCGAGAUGGGCCUUCAAAUGCCGAACAGCUGGCUGAUCUGUUUCCAGAAAGCUUUGUAGUCAAAGGGUUUAACACCAUAUCAGCGUGGACACUCCAGUCGGGCCCUCGGGAUGGAAGCAGGCAGGUUUUCCUGUGCAGUGACAAUAGCCAGGCCAAGAGCUCAGUGAUCCAGCUGUGUCGCAGAAUAGGCUUUGUCCCUGUCGAUACGGGCCUCCUCUCCUCUUCUCUGGAGAUCGAAAACCUUCCCCUCUAUCUAUUUCCCUCCUGGCGCAUUCCCAUCCUCUGCACCUUGGGCCUAUUUAUCUUUUUCUACCUGUACAACUUCACCCGUGACAUCUUGCAGCCCUUCAUCAAAGGAGACAAGAGAGUUUUCUACAAAAUGCCCGUUGAGACUGUCAAUGUCACUCUUCCCUCCGUGGCCUUGGUGAUGUUAGCGCUGGUCUACCUGCCCGGUUUGUGUGCUGCUUUCCUCCAGCUCCGGUGGGGCACCAAGUACAAUCGCUUCCCCAACUGGCUGGACAGGUGGCUGGCCAAUAGGAAGCAGUUUGGGCUGUGUAGCUUCCUGUGUGCAGUUCUCCAUGCCAUCUACAGCCUGUGUCUUCCCUUGAGGAAAUCUGCUCGCAUUAAUCUGCUCAACGCCGCUUUCAAACAGGUGAAGGACGGGGUGGAGGACUCGUGGGUUGACGAGGACGUGUGGAGGAUGGAGCUGUACCUGUCUGCGGGCAUCAUGGCCCUCGGGCUCCUCUCUCUGCUGGCUGUCGCCUCGCUGCCCUCCGUGGCCAACAAUGUCAACUGGAGGGAGUUCAGCUUUAUACAGUCCACACUAGGUUACUGUGCCUUGUCUAUGGCCACCCUCCACACACUCAUCUUUGGCUGGGACCGCGCCUUCCAUCCGGCCCAGUACCGCUUCUAUCUGCCCCCCACCUUCAUACUGGUCCUGAUUCUUCCGCUUGCGGUUCUGCUGGGCCGCCUGGCCCUCUUCGUGCCCUGCGUGGCCCGGCGGCUCGGGCAGAUCCGCCGCGGCUGGGAGAGGAGCCGACACAUCCGCUUCGCCCUGCCGGAUGCCGACUGCCACAACGGGCUGGAUGAUGUCAGUAACGUGUGAAACGCUGCCUGUUAGAUGUGUGUAUGAAGAUCCAGACGAAAAGGUGUAAAGGUAGAGCUCUUUGUGUGUGCACUCAUGAAUAUAAACACUGCCCAACCACACUCACACAGAAGAUAAAAGAUUUAUACAUGGUUGGAAUGUAUUGAAGGCUCGUUUCUAUGGCCUAUCGAGAGAUUUCAGAUGUGUGUUUCUUUUCAACAAAUUAGCUGGUAGCUCCUUGACAGUAGAGAUGUCGGCCUUAUUGCACUAUGCAUUCAAAUAAUGAGGAUUUAGUUCGUCCUCACACUUUGUUUUUUAAUUUAUUAUUUUCUGUUGAUAUUCAGUUUGAAAUUUCAACCCAGAGCUAAGGAAGAAUAUUAGUUUCGGGUUUGAUUUAUGCAAAACAGUCACUUUUACACGUCUAAUGAACCUGCUGAAGACUUUAUCACAGUAGCAGCAAGACUGAAUUUUACACAAGUUCAUAUCUGAGUCUUUUGAAUGAGAUUUUUUCACUCUGAUCAUCACAAGUAGACCUUUUUCUUGGUACUUGUAUUCUUGUCAUCAAAAGGUUUUGACAUCCGCCUGGUUGCACUUCAAGACUGUUCUGUACCGGUUUUUGUCAGACAGCCUUCAACAUAGCCUAUCAUCCUGUUUUGUUUUUGUUCAGGUUUCUCAAUGAUAUGAUGUCAGUCUUUAAAAAAAGCACAACCGUCCCCAGCAUUAUUAUUAUUAUUAUUUUUUUUUUUUUUUUUGGGACCCUCCCAGUGAAUAGCAGCACCUUCCCUCCAUUUUCUCAAAAAUAAUUUAACAAUAAUGAGCUGCUGCAAGUCCUUUUAACCAUCAGAAGAGUUCUCUACCCACACUUAAAACAAAUGGAAAAACACCUUGAGGUGAAAAAUUGGCAGAAUGAUUCCCCUUAAAGUAAAAAAGGCAAUGCAUGAAGAACAUCAAAUAUCUAAACAAAACAUUAAUUUUUCACAAUAUGCGCCACCAAUCCCCACUUUUUUUUUUUUUUUUCCCUUUUUACACGUCAUGAAUUAUUUUUUUUUUUAGUGUUGUACUAAUCUGACCUGCUGGUAAGUACCCAUCAAUACUUACUAACUAUAUUUACCAGUAAAAAUCAGUAUUUGUUACUUACUAAGAACUCGAUGUGAUUGAUUAAAAAAUCUCAAUGAGCUUUUACAGAACUUAACUUUUUCUACUAUGAACAUAAUAGACACCGUUUGCUGCUUUUUAGUGAUUUCAGCAGUUUUUUAUGUUUUAUGUGAGUUUUGUUUUCUUGCCAAAGAUGAUAUUGUUGUUGAAAAUCCAUCUGAAUCUAAAUUAAAAUGUCAUAGUAGUUUACUGAAAUGUAAGUUAGUGUCUAUCACCAUGAAGAUAUGAAUGUAAAGAUUUCAAAUGGAAAUUUCUAUAACAUAGAAUAAAGCAUUUUUUUAAUCAA